AUGGCGGCUUUAGCUGUGGCUUGUUCCAAACUCUGCUCUUUUAGUACAUUUGGGGCGAGAUCCGCUCUCAUAAGUACCAGAAUUAAACAAGGUAUUGUGUGGAAAUAGUCAUCAUGUUGUAAAGUCCGUCGUAGGAUACCUAAUCAAUUUGAGAAAAGCCAACUUACUCACAGAACGAUUAAUCAGAGGCAUUAGACUCAUGGACAAAAUUGUGACGGCAUUUAACCCUUUACACCCUAACAUCAGAAUUCAUACUCUCCAUACCGUUCUCUGUACCUUUACUAAGUUGCUGACAAGGGGAAUUUGUCUAACAAUCAAGAGUUUCUUUAGUUGGUGAUUAUUUCGUUUAUUCUCAUUACAUUAAUGUACGUGUGAUUUAGUAAUGAUAUAUAUUGUAAGAAGAAAAAUUAGAUGCUAGUCACUCUUAGAAGUUAAAGGGUUACGUUUUGAAUUACUUGUUUAUGUAAGGGUAUUGAUUCACUAGUGAAUAGAAAUGAGAAAAAGUUUAAAUUUUUUGUAAUGUGGGAUGAUUUUUAAUUUUGGCUUUUCUUUCCUACUUUCCACCUUUCUCCAUUUACUCAAUUGUCAUUACAAAAUGAUUGCAUCAUUGAUAAAUCAUAUUCAGCAGUUGAAGGUAGAAAAAAAUAUAAACAAGCUGCCUUUUAAAGUGUGAAGAGGAAGAGGGUGUUCUCCUUAUGAUUAAAUUUUUAUUAGACUUGUUGGCAACAGUGACAAAUCUUGUGUUCUCUAUCAAAUUUGUAGGAUUGACCAUCCGGCUCCUGAGCUCAACACAGCAGAAUUCCAGGAAAGUGGACAAAUCAUUGCUUUCUAGAUUGAGAAAGGAAACUGGAUUUGGCUUUGCUAAGUGCAUGGAGGGUCUACAAGCAAGCAACAAUGAUUAUGAUACAGCUUUGACAUGGCUGAAGGCUGAGGCUGAGAAACAAGGCUGGGAGAAGGCUGCCAAACUACAAGGGAGGGCUGCAGCUGAAGGACUUGUUGGAGUUCUAGUGGAUGGCAACUUUGGUGCCAUGGUUGAAGUAGGUUAUGAAACUCUUACCUGCUUGAAAAACAAUGUAUCUUUUCGCAUGAAUUUUUUUUUUCUGUUGUAAACUGUCUUUAAACUGAGUUUUUUUUAAAUCAAGGUGCAUUUUUCCCAGUAAGCACUAGACACUUACAGAAACCCCCAAUAGAAAUCUUGAAUAAUACGAUAAAACAUCCAACCUUGAAUCAUCGAUGAAAUCCUCUCUGAUACUCCGAUUGGCUGGUGGUUGAACUCUCAAGAUUCACUCUUCACAUUUCCCCAUGAAAGAGUGAGAAGGAUUUUGUUAACUACCUUUGCACUGGUAAAUUUUGUCUAUUCUCACAAGGAGAAUUUCUUUGUUAAUUUUUUUACAAGGAAUUUAGGGAUUAAGUACAGUUGAGUAAAUGAAUUUUUACCCUAUAAUGUGCAAAUUUGAGGGAGAAAAAAAGAAUAUUGUCUGUUGUUAAGAUAAUAUACACUUUUUUGUUGUUGUUGUUGUUUCUUUUUAGGUUAAUUGUGAGACAGACUUUGUAGCAAGGAAUGAACUAUUUGUGGACCUGGUAUCCAAUGUGGCAAACACAGCAAUGGCAAAACGGAAGAAGAUUGUAGAUCAGAAUCAAAAAAUUAACACAUUUGCUGGUGAAUUUGAACACUUAAGAGAAGUUAUUCCAGAGCACAAAUUGAGAAAUGAGGAAGUGCAGAACAGUGGAGAGACUGUGGCAGAAACUGUGGCAAGAACAAUUGGCAAACUAGGGGAAAACAUCAAAAUUAGCAAAGUUGUUACAAUGACAACUGAAGUAAGCAAUGUAAUUGGUAGUUACACCCAUGGUCCUUUUGUAAAAUCUGUAGCAGGGUGUUCCCUUGGAAAGUAUGGGGGUUUGGUGGCACUAAGGCCAAAAGAUAGCACUACUAGUUUGAAUUCUGUGCAGCAAUUGGCCAAUAAGGUAGCACAACAUGUUGUGGGAAUGAAUCCAAAGGUUAUUGCACAAGAUGGCAGUGGUAAAAAUGACAGUGCUCUGGAUGGAGAGACAAGUGAUGUGCUACUUGAGCAGGAAUACCUGUUGGAUGACAGUCUGACAGUGAAGGACUUUCUAGAGAAGGAAGGAGUUGAAGUUGUUGAUUUUGUUAGAUAUGAAUGUGGCACACAGUAGCUCUUGGAAAUACUUGAUAGACAUUUGCCAUUACCAAACCCUGACUAAGCACUAAGCUAAGCUAUGCUGCCAUUAAAAGGCUUAGGAUAAGAGCUGGUGUUUCAGAUGCAUUUGAUAGCUUUGUUGCAGUAAUAAAGUAGCCCUACAGAUGUG